ACCUACACCACCACAUCGUUAUCACACAUCACAGACUCGACGAGUGUCACCAAUAGCUUCUCGAACGUCCAGUUGUCGACUGGCGUUCAGUCGCCUAUACCUACCGCUACGUCCACCACAUCUUCACUUAAUUUAUUUUCACAUAUAUUUCCGAGAAUUAGAGGCGAAAACAUUACGACAACCAUUGCAUCGCUUGGACUCAUAAACGAAAACAAGACAAAUAUUAAUACCACUCUCAACACGAAUUCUCAGCCUCUGGAGUCAACUAAUUUAGACGAUUCCGACACUAAAAGUAUGACAUUGAGAGAGGAUUUGCCCCAAAAGGAAGUGGAGAGCAGUCGUGAAAGCGAUGUCCGCUUAAAUGAAAGCCAUAUUCAUGCCAUGCAUACAAUUAAUGCCAUUAAUAGUGAGCCAUCGAAAUCAUCCGAUCAUUCCGUUCAUAGCAAAACAAAACAGACGAGUAAAGGGACGACGGGUUUAGAGAUAGGUUUGGGAGGUUUAGGGGGUUUAGGAGGCAUGUCAUCUCUGUUGUCGGCGCACGCAGGCGACGGUGUGAUUACGAAAUGCAAUUCAUUGCUGAGUAAACAUAAAUCAAAUGUC